ACCAUGGCCACACUGGUCCUGCUGCUGCUGCUGCCGCCGCUGCUGCUCGGGGGCUGCGCCGCGCGCCCCGCGCCGCCCAGGGCCCCGCGACACUCGGACGGGACGUUCACGAGCGAGCUCAGCCGCCUAAGGGACAGCGCGCGACUGCAGCGGCUGCUGCAGGGCCUGGUGGGGAAGCGCAGCGAGCAGGACGCAGAGAACGGCACAGCCUGGACCAAGUCUGCGGAGGGCCCGCUCUGCCUGCUGUGGUCGGACGCGCCCACCCUGCAGGCUUGGGCGCCCCUGAGGCCCCCCGAGGAUCAAGCCUGGUCUUUCCAGCUGCCUCUUGCACUGAAGGCAGGCGUCAUGGUGUCCAAGCCAGCCGUCCCGACUGCUGAGGGGACCCGAUGAGGCCCUGAGGAAGAAGGACCCUCCAGC